AUCAUAUAAAAAUAUAUAUGUUCGAGAAAAGGUAUAUAAAUAUGUUCCUGGAAGGGCGUUAAGGCAAGUUGCCUUGGCAACCUCAAAUAGCAAAUUAAAAGAUCGUUUUUAUUGUCUCCCUCCGUCUCUCUCACUAGAAUGACAAGAGUAUACCCCAGCAACGUAGCCGAGAGGCUCGAAACCACCACCACCUCAUCCUCUCCCGCCGGAAGAAACGACAGCGCGGCAAUUCUAACGGUUUGGAAGAAGUCUCUACUGUUCAACUGUAAUGGAUUUACGGUAUUUGACGGCAAGGGAAAUCUGGUUUUUAGAGUAGAUAACUAUGUGGCAAGUAAUAAGGGCGAGAUCGUUCUCAUGGACGCUACCGGCAAGCCUAUCCUUACCAUCCGCCGCAAGAGGUUGAGCCUAGAAGACAACUGGCUGGUGUAUGAUGGAGAGUCGGCCGUCAAUCCUCUAUUUCUGGCGAGGAAGUACAUGAAUAUCCUCAACACCAAGUACUUGGCUAGCGUCAGUUUAGGAACUGGUGGGAGUGGCUCAUCAUCGUUGUCCUCGUUAUCGAGCUGCGGCGACGGCAAGAACGUACUUUAUGAGAUCGAGGGUUGUUUCGCACAAAGAUGCUGCGUGGUGCUGGACAAAAAGAGGAGACGGGUAGCGGAGAUCAAGCCGAAGGAGCCGGUGGGAGGAGUAGCCUUUGGACUUGAUGUUUUCCGCCUUAUCGUACAGCCCGAAAUCGACGCACCGCUUGCCAUGGCACUUGUCAUCAUUCUCGAUCAGAUGUUCGGAUCUUCUAGACGCCUAAUGUCCAAAUAAUUACCUAGCUAGCCAUCUCCCUGGCUAGCUCACUCCCUCGUUAACUAAUCAUAUAUUCCACAGCAACGGAUUGGAUCGACGAAGAACAUUCUUUUCCCAAUCAAGCCGAUCGAUCAUCCUUCACCAUCACUUGUACGUACUGACUGUUACCGGCCUCCACCAACCGCUCUACCGCAGCACUAUCUCCACCUCAUGUCAGCCCCAUUUUUCGUGCCUCCCCCCCGCCCUUCUUCCUCCUCUCUUUCUCUCUUGGUUGCAUGGAUAUAAUACAUCUUCCCAGCCCCUUCUUUGCCUUUUUGGGUUAUCUUCCACUUUCCCUGAAGAAACCUCGAUCUCCUUUUCUUCCUUUAAUUUUGUUUUUCUUUACAAUAAUAUAUCGUAGAAGCUUGGUUUUUCCUUUUAUAUACUAAAAAAAAAAAAAAGAAUGCCCCAAGUGGGAUUAUGUGCGCGCAGAUUCUGGAAUCAUAGGAGCUUUGUGAUUAUUUCACUUCAUGUCAAUUUCUGUCUGGAACAUGGUCUUGGAAUUAUAUAUAUGCAUACCGGUUGUUCUUAAUUGGAAA